ACUUCUUCGUCGUCGGAGACCAGACGUUUCGACCACAAUACUCUACCAUGGCUUCGUGGAGAUCAUCGUCCAGUCCCGUCUGUUUUCCUUGGGCUCGAGCCAAUACAUAGGCUCCAACGUGUCGGAAGCACUUUUCUCUGUUCUGUCCCGAGAAUUAACCCUUGUGCUCUAUAUAGCGACAGCAUAAUUCCCUCAAGUUCCCCAGUGCUUCGAACAUUCCUACCACUCACUUCGCCAGCGGCGUACAAUCUCUCGUAGUUCCCCAGGAUGUUCUCCUUCGUCAAACUCUACAGUGCCCUGGUGCUACUUGCCACUAUUGGCUAUGUUCAAGCUCUCUCAAGUACACUUCAGCAGCUCACCAACUUUGGAACCAACCCAACCAACGUCGGCAUGUUCUACUACCGCCCUACUCAGCUCGCUACUCCUCCACCUCUCAUCGUAGCCAUGCACUACUGCUCCGGAACAGCUCAGGCUUACUUCCAGGGCACUUCCCUCGCUCAGCUUGCAGAUCAACACGGUUUCAUCGUACUCUAUCCUAAUGCCCCCACUGCUGGCGGUUGUUGGGACGUUCACAGCACUGGAACCCUCACCCACAAUGGUGGAGGUGACUCCCUUGGUAUUGUUUCUGCCGUUCGUUGGGCUAUUACCAACUGGGGCGUCGAUGCGUCGAACGUCUUCGCUACGGGUACUUCGUCUGGCGCUAUGAUGACCAACGUCCUCAUGGGAGCGUACCCUGACGUGUUCAAGGCGGGAUCGCUUUACUCUGGUGUUCCGUAUGCAUGCUUCCAGGGGGCGGAUGCUUGGAAUAGUCAGUGCUCGACUGGUCAGUUGAUCCUGACCCCACAGCAGUGGGGUGACCGAGUGCGAAGCGGAUACCCUGGAUACACUGGUCCCCGGCCUAAGGUGCAGUUCUGGCAUGGUACCGUUGACACCACUCUUUACCCACAAAACUUCUGGGAAGAGAUCAAGCAGUGGACCAAUGUCUUUGGUGUUAGCCAAACACCCACAUCAAACUUGACGAACAACCCUCUCCCUGGAUACUCUCGUGCAUCUUUCGGCGAUAACGUCCAAGGUAUCCUUGCUCAAGGUGUUGGACACACAGUCCCUGAGCGGGAGACCGACACCCUCGACUGGUUCGGCUUAUCCAAUCUUCAACCAGGUCAAGGUCUGCCUAGUGCUCCAACCAGUGCUCCGACGGGUGCGCCGACCACUGCUCCACCCACCACUGCUCCACCCACCACUGCUCCUCCCUCGACUCCUCCACCUACCUCUGCUCCUCCCACGUCAACUCCCCCUCCUAGUAACGGUGUUGCGGAGCACUGGGCUCAGUGCGGAGGAACUGGAUACACAGGCCCAACAGUUUGUGCCAGCCCAUUCACUUGCACUGCUGUCUCGCCACCUUACUACUAUCAGUGCCUGUAAAAGCCUUUGUUGGCCAUCGAGGCGUGAUUGGAUGGUUGAUAAUUUGUAUUGCGUUGAAUCGAGCAAUUGUAAUGCGUACGACUGCGAGAAAGAACCCCAUCGCGCGCAUUGUCUACUACUGAGG